GCGACGCCACUGCAAGAACAAAAGUACAAGGUUUUGUUUUUUUGUUUGGGGUUUGUUCUUCCUAUAAGUCACCCCCUCCCCCCUCCCCCCUUUCUUUUUCUCUUCUUUUAUUUUGACCUUUGGGUUCCCUGAACCAUUUGUCGGCCAUAUUGAGGGUCUACGUGACGAGCGUCUGCCGGGGUCGCAGAACGCGCCCUUUGAGAGCGGUCUCAAAAUCGCACGGAUCAGGGGAUAAAACCACAGACGAGACAGAGGCGAGGAAAGCGCUAGUGCUCUCCCUUGCAACGCAAAGAUUCUCUGGUAAAUAUUUUGUUCGUGUAUUCUGUGGUUUAGGCGUUUUGUCAAAGACUUGGCACCUUUCUCGUUCUGUCGUGCUGUGCUGCUAUUAAGUUAUAUGACUCGUCGCCACCGUCCACUUUCUAAAGUAAUGCGUACAUUAUUUGCGACACAUUUUAAAUAAUUGAUUUCUUUUCAUCUGGAUGACGAAAUCAUUUUAUGAAGUAGUAGCUUUGCGGGAAUAAGUAUUAUAAUGAAAGUUUAUUAAACAUGUUAAUUUACACCAAAUUAAUUUGUUAAAACGUAAGUUUUUUUGUUGUUUUUUUUGUAACUUUUUAAAAUAAUUUUUUUCAAAAAUAACUUACUUUAAAAUUAAAAAAUAAAAAUAAACAUUCAGAAUAUUGUAUCAGCUUAGAACAUUGAUGACAUUUAGUGUUUGGUACCUAGCGUAGCAUUCAUUCAUAUAUGAUACAUUAUAGAUAGUUCAAAUCCAAACAACGCAAAUGAAACAAUUCAUUUUAAAGUCAUUUAUUAAUUGCUUUCUUAAUUAAUUAUUUCUAGAAAAACAAAAUAAUUUUUUUAGCUGUCAAAUAACUAAAACUGGCCAUUAUUUUCCUUGGCAUACAUUUAAAGUAGACUAACUAUAAUUUAUUUUCUCGGGCGCAUAUGAAAGCAACAAUAAAUUUAUUUUACAUAAAUUAAAUUAUGAAGGAAGAUUUCAAUUUAAAUAAUACUUAAUCUCCUAAUAUCAUUCAAGUAAUUAUGUACCUUUUUUUUCCUCUCCCCCCGAAAGUUGCGGUUAAAAACUGUUACUAUAAAUUUUACACAGAAUUAUAUCUUUCCGUAACUUAAAUCACGUAUAGCUCAACAACAAGACAAAAACAAACAACAAACUAAAUUAACCAUUCUCUUUAUAAGAAAAAUAGCAUUCCUUUGUAAGUCUUUUCGAGGAUGUAUUUGUGUUUUUGAGCAAUCAAUAAUGAAAUGCUUAACCAAUAUGUACACGUAAUUAUAAUUUAUUAAAUUUAGAUUGAUUUUUCCUUAAAUAUAUAUAUAUAUAUUUAUCCAUUUAUUUUAUUUUUUUAAAAGUAUAUUAAAAUCUUAUCUCGUCAAAUAUUUUUAAAAAGCUCUUUAGUUAACAUACAACAAAGCAAAAUAUUAAUUCCUUAUGUUUGAAGUUCUUUUGUAUUUUUUUUUCUUAUCAAAGUCGCGUGCUUAUUGAAAGCAAUUUUAAUAUAUCUCUAUAUUUCUCUUUAAACCGAAGCCACGGAGUACGCGAGUGACAAAAAAAUGUGGGGGGGGGGGGUUGUAAUUCGGAAAUAGUUGACCGAUUGCCGUAGUUUUAAGUGUUACUAGGUCAAUACUGGCCAACUGUAAUCUCCUGGCGUAGACCAGUGGUUGCCAGCCUGUGCGCCGUCCUGCACUUCUCAGGGGCGCCGAGGCUCUGCUCCAGGAAAUAAAAUAAACACCAUUACUCUGUAAGAUGCGGUAGGCCCAAGGAACUCCACUAUAGAAAGAGAUUCUAAAAAGGGCUCCGCGAGUCAAAAAGUUUAGGAACCACUGACCUAGACACAAAUUGGGCCGGUGGGGGGGGGUGGUACGUUUGGCGUGGACAAGUUGAUGCCUCAAUUUGCCUCACUGUGACAAGAUACAUUAGCGGAUCAAAUUACAUAAACUCCAAGUCCAGGGUCACACAUCUAUAUUGUGAAUAGUAAAAUCAUUGUGUGUGUGUUAGUGGGGGGGGGGGCUUUAUAUAUAAACUUGUGAUACAAAAAUCUUAGUACACGUUUGUGACUCAGUACAAUUAUGUUAAGGCAGAUAUUCCAAGGGAUAGACUCCAGGACAACCUAUCUAGAACUUUUUUUUUUUAAUUCCAUUUUUUUAUAACAUAAAAAUCUGCCACGUAAGUCAGGGACAGUCCACAGUUGAGCUUGAAACACUUAGUUGUCACUGACACUCCAUCUAUUCCUUACAACCAUCCGCUGCUUACAUUUAACAUAGAGAAGAUUCCUUAUACUGGCGAUCGUGCUCUGAAAUGGUUCAAAAGAUGUCAAGUGACUUAGCCUCUUAGACAGUGUGUGAAUGUGCGGCACAUCUGAAACAUCAAUCUCUUAGCUUUGUUCGUUGGCUUAAAUUUUUUUUUUUAAAUUAAAGGGUGUGUAUGUGUGUGGGAGGGGGGGUGGUUUUGGUUACAUUAAUUUUUUAAUUAUAUUACCAUGUCCGUCUGAUUGAAGGGCCAUGUUAUAUAUCAGAGGUUCCCAACAUGUGCUCCGCGGGGGCCCUUUGUGCUCCAUGAGCACUUCUCUUGUGGUGCCCAUGAACACUAAGAUGAUAGCGAUACUUUUAGAAAUGAGACACGGUUGUUGAUUGCCUCCUGUAGAUGUUUUAAAAUGUAAUAUUCGUUUUUUAAGUAAUAUUCUAUUUCUAAAAUGUAAUACUCUGAGUCUUGAAGUAGUAUUUUUUUUCUAAAUGUAAUAAUCUGUGUCCUAAAGUAAUGCUUUGUUUCUAAAUGUAAUAUUCUGUGUCCUUAAGUAAUAUUUUCCUCGGACGAGCCAAUGGUCCUCGUAAAGAACGUACCGUUAAGUGUGCACAGGUACAUCUAGGGCAGACAGGAGAAAAGCGUGGUUCCAUCGGGUACAACGCUUACUUCAACUUCAGGGAUCUAUUUGCACCCGCUGACCUUGUCACAUUCUUUGUAUCCCACCCUUUUUCCCCCACCCAGGGCGUCGCAUUUGUUCUCGCUGUCUUUGCUUUCUCUCUCUCUCUCUCUCUCUCUCUCUCUCUCUCUCUCUUUCUCUCUCUCUCACUCUCUCUCUCUUAUAUAUAUAUAUAUCUCUAUGUCUUCCCUCUCUUCCUGAACCUCCUCUCCUAUCAUCUGCAAAUAUCCAUAACGGUCCACGCAUCUUCAUUCCAUUUGAUAUUUGUUUUUCGGCUGCGUCUCUCUGUCCAUUUACCUACAUGGGUUCGACGUACUUCCACGCUGCAGGUAAUGUACACACGCUAACCUCACCUUGGCCCUGGAAGGACUUACAAACCGUCGGUGUCGGGCGGGACUUAAAAAGAAAUUGUCGAACGUCGGUGCAAAGUUGACCCGCUCUGACCUCCCCCCCCCCCUCUUUGCCAGACUGGACCGCCUGACUUCCUGUUAGUUGUGGGUCCAUGUGCAAACCGGUGUAAAGUCAAGAAAAGGUGACCCCCCCCUUUUUUUUUUUUUUUUUGAAACAUCAUCUCGUCGUCCCAGGUUCGCCCCUCGCUACCCGCCGCCAAUGCCACUGUAAGAAAUGGGGCGCAAAUUAUGGCCAUCUGUGUUAGUAUAUUUCUCUCGAACCUCUCUCAACAUGAGAUAAUGUCAUUUUAGUUUAUUUUAUAGUCUACUUGUCCCGGUUUUGUUUUAUUUCCAGAAGAAAACGUUUUUCCUUUUGCAUUUGUUCAGGUUCUCGCAUGGGGCCUUGAUGUUUCCUUUUAGCCUUUCACCAGGGUUGGCUACAUUGAUUAAGUAGAACAAAAAUUAAAUCUUAUCUCCUAAUAGUUUUGGGAACUCAUGCAGGGCCUCAUUUAUUCCUAUAAAGACCCGCAUAAUGACUUCGGAGGCGCGCUUUGCCUACCACUGGCACUGACAAGGCUAACCAAAAUGAUGGGAUCACAAUAUGAUUUCGAAAACGAGUUUUUCAUGUUGACAACUUCUACCACGGCGAUUUCUGGAAUCUCGUGAAAUAAAUAAGGCUUCAAUGGAAAUUAGGUUUAAAUCGAAAUUAGGCUUGAAUCCAAAUUAGGCUUGAAUCCAAAUUAGGCUUGAAUCCAAAUUAGGCUUGAAUCCAAAUUAGGCUUGAAUCCAAAUUAGGCUUGAAUCGAAAUUAGGCAUCAAUCGAAUUUAGGCUUCAGUGGAAAUUAGGCUUGAAUCGAAAUUAGGCAUCAAUCGAAAUUAGGCUUCAGGGGAAAUUAGGCUUGAAUCGAAAUUAGGCAUCAAUCGAAAUAAGGCUUCAAUCGAAAUGAGGCUUCAGGGGAAAUUAGGCUUGAAUCGAAAUUAGGCAUCAAUCGAAAUUAUGCUUCGAUCAAAAUGAGGCAUCAAUCGAAAUGAGGCUUCAAUCGUAUGUGUACCACCAACAUGCAGUACGCAGCAAUUUGCAAUAUGCACUAUUUCGUUUUGUUCAAAAAUGCGUGUACCGUCCAUUACUGAAUCUAUAGCAGGUGCCGCAUGUGUUUUUAUUUGUUUCCUAGUAAGUUCUUUUGAUCCCCCCCCCCCGGGGACCACCCCACCUUUUUUCUAUUACAUAAUUUUAAAAACAAAUUUGAAUCUCCUCUCGUGAUGACGUGCUAAGUAUUCUCUCUUCUAUAAUCAUUUCAGAACUAACCCAUAAAGAUGGCCUUGUCCGACACGUAAGUAUUUGGAUUGUGUUUUCUUAGUUGGUGGCUGAUUCAUAUUUUGGAAAGUAUCUAAAACACAUCACUAUUCCUAAAAAAAAUAGGCCUCCCUCACACACAUCACUAUUCCUAAAAAAAAUAGGCCUCCCUCACACACAUCACUAUUCCUAAAAAAACAAAUAGGCCUCCCUCACACAAUUUAGUAUUUCGCUAAAAAUGCCUCCCUCGCACACAUCACUCUUUCUGCAAACAUUUUUUAAACUCCUUAGAUAACUGUUAAUAUUUUUUUUCCUCCACAAAAUGUGAUGACGUCAUUGUUUUUAUUUUUAAUUUCAAAAGACUAAUAUUGCCAGUUGUUAUCGUCAACGUUUUUCUAUCAACGACUUAUUAUUUUCUUUACAUUUAUAAAUGAAACAAAAAAUAAGCUGAAAUUAGUGUGAGAAAACAUUACAAUUUUAAAUGCAACAUUCUUUUUGUUGGAUGUAUACGACUGAUUCUGUUCUAAUUUUUUUUUUUUUAGCGAUAAGAAAGCUCUUGACAGCUCAUGGAAGAAACUGGUUGGAUCCGCUGCUGACGGCAAGAAGAAUGCCGGGAUCAACCUCGUCUUGUGGUGAGUACAGCUUCAUCUUUCUAGCGUUGAGCAAACAGUUUGCUAACGAUUCUCUCGUAAGGCAUUGAACAGCUUCAUACUGCAUUGAACAGCUUCAUACUGCAUUGAACACCUUCAUACUGCCCUAAACGCUUAGACGAAUUGGUGCCAUUUCUACCGUCACCACACACACACUAGCAUGUCACUACCCAUACAUUGGCAUGUCACUACCCACACAUUGACAUGUCACUACCAACAUACUGAAAUGACAAUACCAACUCACGUACACAUCACUACCCACUUAUUGACAUGUCACUACCCCAGACACUGUCAUGUCACCACCCACGCACUAUCAUGACACCACCCACACACCGUCAUGUCAUCACCCACACUCUGUCAUGUCACCACCCACACGCUGACAUGUCACUACCCCAAUGCGCCGUUCUCUCUCGACCAGGAUGUUUGAGAACGUCCCCAACAUGCGUGACAAGUUCACCAAGUUCAACGCCAACCAGCCUGACGCUGCCCUCAAGGGUGACGCAGAGUUCGUCAAGCAGUCCCAGACCAUCGUCAACGUCCUUGACACCCUGAUCAGCCAGGUGAACAACGCCGCCCAGCUCCAGGCCACCAUGGACAAGCUGGCCAAGACUCACAUUAACAUGAGCCCAAGCAUUGGACUCGAAUAUUUUGGGGUAAGGGUCUACUAAGUGUCAUCGCAUUCUGUGUGAUAGUGUCUUUGUGUCAUCGCGUUCUGUGUGAUAGUAUCUUUGUGCCAUCGCGUUCUGUGUGAUAGUAUCUUUGUGUCAUCGCUUUCUGUGUGAUAUUAUCUUAGUGUCAUCGCGUUCUGUGUGAUAGUAUCUUUGUGUCAUCGCAUCUGUGUGAUAGUGUCUUUGUGUCAUCACAUUCUGUGUGAUAGUGUCUUUGUGUCAUCGCGUCUGUGUGAUAGUGUUUUUGUGUCAUCGCGUCUGUGUGAUAGUGUCUUUGUGUCAUAGCGUUCUGUGUGAUAGUAUCUUUGUGUCAUCGCAUCUGUGUGAUAGUGUCUUUGUGUCAUCGCAUUCUGUGUGAUAGUGUCUUUGUGUCAUCGCGUCUGUGUGAUAGUGUCGCUGUGUCAUCGCGUUCUGUGUGAUAGUAUCUUUGUGUCAUCGCAUCUGUGUGAUAGUGUCUUUGUGUCAUCGCGUUCUGUGUGAUAGUAUCUUUCUGUCAACCCAUUCUGUGUGAUAGUAUCUUUGUGUCAUCGCGUUCUCUGUAAAAUGAUCUCUGUGUCUGGCACCCCACCACUUCCGAUCACGCACAAGUAUUAAAUCUUAAGACUAUGGUCUGGUUUCCCCCAGCAGAUCCAUUAGAAAAUAAAAAGUCGGCCCCCCACCCCCCNAUUGAGAAGUCUCUCGGAGUCGGCUCCGGAAGUGACGAGGUCAAGGCCUGGUCAAACUUCCUCGGUGCUUUCAACGAUGCCCUCAGGAAGGCAUAAGGACCAACACGUGACCAUUUUAGCAUGUUAUCUGCCCAACGUGAAAUCAAAUUCCAAACAAAUUUUAAAAUCUGUUUUUAAAAAAAUUAUCUUUCAAAAAAAAAAAAAAAACUACCAGUGAAACGUUUCUGGAAUGAUGAAGUAAAUUGAUUGUCAAUGUGUAACACUUGUUCAGGAAACUGGUUCAAUUAUUUGGUCAAAGCUCUAGGUUUUAAUCUUUUAAAAUACACAUAAUAGAUUCACUUUUUUAUUAUUAUUUAUUUUUUUACAUUUGUUUUCCAAUCUUGUAUUCUUGGAUAAAUGUAUUGUUGAUGUGUAUGUUGGAAAACGCUAUCAGGGGCCUGAAAUCAACAGGAAGAAAGAAAACCCCUCUCGCAAAUUUAAGUGUUAAGGGAGGCUACUUCUAACGAAAAUAUUUAUUUAAAAGACUAGCUUCCCUUGCGCGAAAUUUAAAAAAAAACAACUAAAUUAAUCACAUGACCUUGUUAUCAUACCUCAAUAAAUGUCCAAUGGUUAGAUUUUUGCCAGUAUUCUUGACCUGGUCACUGUGUGUUCAGCCCUCUUGACCUGGUCACGCCAAAGUUUCUCAACACAAGACGGCAAGAGUACAUUUAUAAAAACCAGAGUUAUCAUUACACGUAGACACAUUGCGUACAUAGUGCUGCAGCCCUGGGGCUGAGAUUUAACGGUCAAAGAAAACACAUCUGUCAGAAGGUAGCUUCUAGCUACAGCACACACACACAAACUCGAUGGUAGCUUGUGCUGCAGCACUUGAUACUGCAAUGGUAGUGAUAGAGUGAGCUUGGAUAGCAUGUUCUGCUAUACUCGUGGCACACACAGAAUUCUUCUAUGUCAGAUCAUAUAUUUUACACUGUAUUUUUUUUCCUAAUCUUGUAUAUUUCAAUUUCUUGUAGGAGAAUAAAUAUAUGUUAAAUG